AUGUCCUUGGAGGAAAUGAAAGACCUGUGUGUGGAUGAGAAAUGCCUGCGGCCAGAAACCUCAGAAGUGGGCGGGAUCCUCAUGACCAAGCUAAUGAGCGAUAAUUGGGACAAAAUCUGGAAUUUCCAAGCAAGACCAGACGAUCUUCUCAUCGCAACCUACGUAAAGUCAGGCACAACGUGGACACAGGAGAUUGUGGACAUGAUCCAGAAUGACGGGGACUCGCAGAAGUGCCAGCGAGCCAGCACCUUCAACCGGCAGCCUUUCAUCGAGUGGGCUCUGCCCCCGCUCAUCAAAUCAGGGCUGGACCUGGCCAACAAAAUGCCGUCUCCGAGGACGCUGAAGACCCACCUGCCUGUUCAGAUGCUGCCUCCUUCCUUUUGGAAAGAAAAUUCAAAGAUCAUCUAUGUGGCCAGAAAUGCCAAGGACUGUCUGGUGUCCUACUACCACUUCUCAAGAAUGAAUAAACUGAUGCCAGACCCUGGCUCCUGGGAGGAGUACGUGGAGAUGUUCAAGGCUGGGAAAGUGCUGUGGGGCUCCUGGUACAACCACGUGAAGGGAUGGUGGGAUGCCAAGGACCGGCACCGCAUCCUCUACCUCUUCUACGAGGACAUGAAGGAGGACCCCAAGAGGGAAAUUCAGAAGAUCCUGAAGUUCCUGGAGAAAGAUGUCUCAGAGGACAUUCUGAAUAAAAUCAUCCAUCACACCUCCUUUGACAUGAUGAGGCAAAACCCGAUGGCCAAUUACACCAGCCUGCCCAGCAGCAUCAUGGACCACUCCAUCUCCCCAUUCAUGAGGCGAGGGAUGCCCGGGGACUGGAAGAACUACUUCACGGUGGCUCAGAACGAAGCCUUUGAGGCAGACUACGCACAGAAGAUGGCAGGGAGCAGCCUGACCUUCCGCACGGAGAUCUGAGUAGUGGGGGGCGGCUGGGGACCCCACAUGAGGCUUUAGACGUCUGAGCCUCGUGAUCAAGGGCGCUUAGAACAGCAACUCCCUUCCUCCUUCCCUAGCUUUGCACACAACCCAUAGAUGCUACGCCCCAGUGUAGACAAAACGCGAUCAAAGCCUGGGUAGAGGCAGACAAUUAAAUCACACAGUUACCCACGUAGACCUGACCACAUGGUGUGUGGAUGCAAAAUGAACACAGGACUGAGCUCUGUCACUGGUGUCCCCCAGCCCGGCCCCCCACAGAUGAGGUUUGAGAAGAGAGUCAGAAAGGAAAGGAACCGGGGACGCAAAGAGCUGAGAUGUGGCCCCAGGGAGAACGUGAGAGCGGCCAGUUCUCACCCUGACGACAUGGGAACCAGAGCCACCAGGGGCCCGCAGUAGAGACGUGAGCUGAGGGGUUAGGGGUGGAUGGAGGAGCUGGUCUAGGACUGAGGGAGACAAGGCCGGGGAAGCAGGGCCGAGAGUGAGAAUGACCUUGUAUUUCAGGCAGACUUCUGGGGGGGGUUAGGGGGGCUCACGUUAGCCAAGAGAAAAUAAAAGGCAGUAAAACACCCAGCACCACGUGCACUUUAACAAAACCUGAGUAUCACAUCUCUGAUACGAAGCCCAUGGUAUCCUUCUUAAAGAGGCUCUUGGCAACAUUGUCAGGGCAGCCAAGCUGUUUAGGUUCGCAGGGAAUCGUGUUCUGAUCCUUCUUGUUAAAAUCUACUCAAGAAAGUACCACCAUCAUCUACACAAGUUGUGCGAAGGUUGGUGCUUUUUCUUAAAUUUUAUUUUAUCAAAGUGUAGGUGAGUUAUAAUGUUAGUUUCUGGUGUCCAGCAAAGCAGUUCAGUUCUACAGUGGUCAGUGUUCAGUCUGAAAGGCUGUCAGGAAGGCUGCUCUGUGGGAGGGACUCUGCCCUGGGCCAGCACAUCCUCUGACACAGACAACCAUGUCCCCCGCCCCGGAACUAAGGCAGCCCCUGUGCACACUCCUUCUCCUUCUAAGGCAAGUGUGCGGAUCAUUGACCACCUGACGGAUAAGCCCAGUGGCAUCUCUGCAGAGGGCUGAGUUGCACGGAGGAGCAGGAGGGGGAACCAGCCGGCGUGAUUAAACAGCAGACAUGCUUCUGCCAGUGAACCCCACGCCUGACAUUCUGGGGCUACUUAGCAAUCUAGACAGCGAGCACGUAACUCCCUGUGUCCAGCACGGCCUCGGCGUCCAGGGGACCACGGUGAUUAA